CGAGACUGCAUCGACAAGCGGUCGCGCGGCUCUUGUACUUGGAGCAGAGCUUUAUCAAUACGAUCGCUCACAGCGCACACACACAGCAGCUACUGUACCCAGUAUGCAAAUCGCAUGUAAGCUCGCUGCGCCUGUUUGCACUUUUGGUUGAGGAAGGCCACAACAACAUGCCUUCGCACGUCAACUCAAAGACGAUGGAGGAGCUCAGAAAGAAGUUCCUGAACCCACUCCUUCCCGUCGAAGCGCCUCAGCCCUCCGCAGUGGACAUGCUGACAGCGGUGCGCGCGAACCAUUGCUCCAAUAUGGUCGCUCGUGCGUCGGCGCAGGCCACGGCGGCCGCGCAGGCGGCGCCGCCACGACCCUCGCUGAACCGCCUGCAGUACGAGCGACAAAGCGCACCAGACGCCACGCCGCCGGCCGCGCCUCGCGAGCGGCAACGCGGGCAGCAGGGCGACAUCGAGGGUGACGAUUCCAGCACCGGCAGCGAUUCAAGCAGCAGCGACGACGCAGAGCAACGGACUGCUGACGAUGCCACACCAGCAGCCACCGCGGCGGCGCCCGGGGCGUCAAGGAGUGGCAGCUUACGAUCCGCCUUGUCUCUUGCCUCCACCUCCGCGUCAGCAGCAGCGUCUGCUGUGCCCUCCCCCUUCCGCUGCUGGUCACGCAUGUCGGCGACCGGCGAGGGUGCUCCCGCCAAUAGCGGCGGCGCCUAUGGCGCCUGCGGCGCCAGCCCCUUUGGCCACACCACCAUGCGCAUCGACCUGAACCAGGAGCGUAACAGCACCGGCAGCAUCCAUAACCAGGCGGCGCAGAUGCGCGGCGGCCUGAUGGGGAUGGGGCUGAGGCUGAGUGGCGGCGGGAGCGGAGGCGGCGUGGGUGCCGCCGCCGCCGCCCACUCUCUGUCCACAGACGGCAACGUCUUGUCGCCGGCAGCGGCGGGUUCCUGUCAUGCCGCAGCUGCUGCCGGCCCCGGGGCGGCUCCAAGGACGGCGACCGACAGCACACCCGCUGCCACCUCCACGCCCAUCUCACACUACCCGCUACGCUUCAGCUUCACCGACAGUAAGCUGCUAGCGCCUACGACCUCCGCGGCGGCGGCGUCAGCCACCGCCACACGUCAACAACCACAACCGCAGCUACAGCCGCCGCUCACAACUAUAACUGCCAGCUGUGGAGAUGGAGGCUCGCUGCCGUCGCCGCCGCUGCAGACGCGCCGCCGCAGUAGCUGCUCGCAGCUGUCGGUCCCGGCGUCUCUGCUGGCGGCGGCAGCAGCUGGCAGACACCAGCACCUGCCGCCGGCGGCGGGCGCGCCAACCAUAGACUUUAUGGCAGUGAUCAACGACGAUGAAGCGGCAUAUCCUGGUGACCAAGACGAGGAUCAAGAUCCUGAUUAUUCCCCUUCCUGGUAUCUGACGGGUGUUCCUGUCUCCAGCAGGCAGCCCGACCCUGCUGCAUACCUAGUGGCCGCAACAAAGGCGCCAUCAACCGCCACCGCCACCGCCGCUGCUGCGGUCACCGGCGCCGCUGCCACGCCGCUGCAGGCUCCGCAGCCGCCGUCUCCAUCGUCAGGCCGGAUGAGCGCUGACGGAGCCGCCCGGUUGCGCAGGCUUCGUCGCAUGUCCGCGCCAGACGCCUCCUUCCUCGACGUCAUGGGCGCGGCGGCGGCCGUCAAUGCGGCACAAGCGGCUGCCAACGCCGCGGCGGCCGCUGUAGCUGCUGCCUCUGCGCCACCAGCACCGGUGCCACCGUCACCGGCCCGUGGCGUUCCAGCCGCCUCUGCCGCCGCCACCCUUGCUGCCGCCACGGGCCCGCUGCCAGCGGCUCCGCCUCCAUCGCUGCUGCCGCCGGAGCUGCCGGCUGGCAGGAAUGGCAGCGCACGCAGCGCUUUCCGUGCGCAGCUCUCGGCACUCUCAGCACUCCUCUGUGACAACCCCGCAGGCCCGGCAUCGCCGGCGGCGCUGGCAUCUCCGGCUAGCACGGCUGCCACGGGCUCCGGUGCCAGCACGCCCCGAGCGCCGCCGCCGCCCUGGGUGGGGCACAUACGCUCCUCAACCCUGUUCUCGCCGCGCGGUGGCCACAGCCACAGCAGCAGCGGCUCUUCUGCCCCCAGCCCCCGCCGUUCACUGCUGCUCUCCCGCAGCCAGGCGUCACAACAGCCGCAGCAGCACGCGCCGUCACCGCUCCAGCCACAGCCGUCGCACGGCCUGCACGCCUCACCCCCGUCGCGUUCGGGCUCGACCGCAUCGAACAGCGGCAGCGCCAGCGCCGCCGCUGCGGCAGCCGGCCUUGUCGGGGGCAUGGCGCUUACGGCGGAGGAGGAGGCAGCACUCGCGAGUGAGGGCCGCCACAGCGACAGCAGCUUGCUGAUGGCAGCGGCACGAGGCGCCGCCAUGCAACGCCAAACAGCCGCCGCGGCCGCCGCCGCCGCCGCGUCGGGUACAUUUGCUAGCGGCGGCGCCCUGCGCCCAACGCAGCUGCUGCCGGCUGCGUGUUCCGCUGCCGCCUCCCCUGCUUCGUCGUUCAACGGCAGACAGCAUUCGGGUGGCUGGGUGAUUGGUUCCCCCUCGGCUGCUGCUGGUGGCUCGCCGCAACUGUCGCUACAGCAGUGCUCAGAUGACAUCUUCCUCUCCAGCGCGCGCGCGGGCGCCGCACGCCUGAGCCUGUUGGGCCCAGCUGCCGGCACCUCCACCAGCACGACACUGGUGAGACAUGCGCCUGCAACUGCGGCAGUAGCAGCCAUGCCGUCCCCGCUUAGCCAGCAACAAGCUUCUGCUGCGCAACAGCCGCAACAGCAGCAGCUGCUGCUUCGGCGUUCCUCCCUUGGGCGGGGCCCAUUGGACAUGGGGCCAAGCAGGCGGGCUGGGUGAGGAGCAGGUCCUGCAUGUGUGCUGUGCGGGCGUGUGAUUGGAGAGGUGCGGUACGCUAUUCGGAUGGACGGCGAUGCGGCAGAGCGGCAGAGCGGCAGAGUGGUAGUGCUGCAGAGCGGCAGAGCGGCAAAGUAGCGAAGUGGUAUGCACGAGCCGCCUGCACGCACGCGAGGUACCUAUCGGUGCACCGUGCCUGGCUGAAUGAUGUAAAUGAUGUACCAUCAUGAGGGUGUGCGUGCUGACAUGUUGGGCACACCCAUUGUAUCAUUGCAUGAAUGCAUGGUGUGUCAGGUGUGCUGCUUCAUUUAUGGUGGCCAGCAGAACGUCGAAUGCACUGUGCUUUGCGUUUAAGUUUCGCCACUUCAUCUACACACUUGAAGCCACGGGUGCUUGAAGCAAGGCAAGGCAUUGUGUGUGUGUUAUUGUUGUGACGCAAGCCUGUGCCAGUGUGCCUGUACCUUUACAUCGGAGACACGGACGCUCCGGUGCAUUUUCGUAAAGUACAUACUGUUCCCUUCAUGGAAGUCAGCCUAUGAGGCACGGUAACAGGGCGCUUCGCCGGUGCGUUGACAUGGGGUUGCUGUUGACUCAGGUUGGCUACGUACAGGCCUGGUCUGGACGUGGCCUGGACGGCUGGACCAUGGCUACGCCGCUACGUACCGGUGUAUGCAAACAACACAAUUGGAGUGCAGAGAAAGGGCCAAAGUCAUGUAACCAUCCACCGUGUGCACCUUCAUCUAAGCAUCUUCGGUAACCCUGUUGGGACCGUUGCAACUGAAGUCUUGUAACAUAACAGGGGA